AUGUCUUUACAAGUUCCGUUAAUGAUUGUUCAUGGUGGAGCAUGGAGCAUUCCGAACGAGAUGGAACAAGAUCAUAUUCGUGGAACCUAUAAAGCCAUUGCACAAGUAUAUCCUGAAUUGUUGAGUGGAGAAAUUGAUGCGGAAGAGGCAGUAGUGAGAGCUAUUUCAAUUUUGGAGAAUGAUGAAACAUUUGAUGCCGGUAAAGGAUCUUUUUUAAAUUUGAAAGGACAAGUAGAAAUGGACGCCUCUAUUAUGAAUGGAACUACCAUGAAAUGUGGAGCUGUAUGUGCCAUUCAGAACGUGAGAAAUCCCAUUCGAAUUGCCCAACGAGUCAUGAAUCAAACUGAACAUGUGUUAUUAGUAGGAGAAAACGCUUUGGAGUUUGCAAAAUCAACAUGUAAAAGUGAGGAGGAACAUAAGGAAUUAUUUGUCGAGAGCGUAGAAGAAUUAUUGACUACACGAGAAUUAGAAUUUUUAGAAAGUAUUCGAAAUAAUGAAGAGUUUACAAGUAGGACAGUUUUUGAAUCAAAAAUCGACUCACACCCACCGCCUUCAAAGAAAGGUACUGUUGGAUGUGUGGCACUGGACUUGAAUGGCAAUAUUUGUGCUGGCACUUCAACAGGAGGGACUCCAAAAAAGUGUAAGUUUUCACGUAAUAGUAUCAAAAAAUUUAACAAGUUGAAAGUACCAGGACGUUCAGGAGACACUGGGAUCGUUGGCUCUGGAACUUAUGCAGACAGCAGUGUAGGAGGAGCAUCCAGUACGGGAUGGGGUGAAUCCAUCAUGAAAAUUCAAAUGACAGGAACAGUGGUAAAGUGGCUCGAAUUUCAUAAUACACCUACUUUGCCAAAAACAGCAUCGAUUUAUUCACACUUAAAUUUUGAAAGCUCCUCAAACAUUCAACAUGACGCUGCACAAAAAACAAAUAUGAACAAAGAACAAGUAGCCAUAGAAACCAUUAUUGAAUAUUUGGAUCAAAAAGUUAAUGGCCUUGGAGGGCUCAUAUUUCUUUCAAAGGAGGGAAAGUAUGCUGUCUCUCAUAACACUGAUAAGAUGAGUUUUGCUUUUGUCCCUCAUGACACCAUUAACAAGGAAACUGGCCAUUUUGAAGUGGUUUCCAUUGUUUCACGCAAAAAAGGGUGUUGA